AGUCGCUGGCAGACAACCGCACAAAUAUGAGGCUAGAUUUCGUGGUUACGUUCUUCACGACUGUGUGGCAAGUUUGGUGCAUUACAGGCGGGGUCUGUACCAGUGACAGUUCUCGCCUGAGGAAGGACCUGUUAGAGUUUUACGACAAGAACGCCCGUCCGGUCAAACACGACUCGUCAACUGUCUCUGUGGAGUUCGACAUAGCACUCCGGCAAAUUCUCGGCCUGUAUUGGAAGGAUGAGUUUUUGACGUGGAAUGCUAGUGACUAUGGCGGCCUGCAGAGGACAUCGUUUCCCUCGAGUGAAAUUUGGAGGCCAGACAUUUUUCUCCUAAACACUGUAGAUAGCCGCACACGUGGCGGUCUGCAGACCGUGACUGACAUCAGUGUCACCAGUGACGGCAACGUGACAUGGCGGCAACCGGACAUAUUCAUCUCCUCAUGUGGCGUAGACGUCAGCGACUUUCCUUUCGACCAACAGACCUGUCACCUAGAGUUUGCCUCGUGGAUCUACGAUGGAGAAGAGUUGGACGUCACCACACGGUCAGACGAUAUUGACAUCUCUGCAUACCAGAAAAGUGACCAGUUUACCCUCACAAGCGCUACGGCAAAAAGAAAUGUUACAAAGUACGACUGUUGCCCACAGCAGUACCCGAGUGUUGUCCUGACCCUCCGUUUGAAGCGGCUUCCCCUGUUCUACAUGGUGAACAUGGUGAUCCCGUGUGUCUUCAUGUUGAUUCUCAACAUCGCAGCUUUCUUCAUACCACCGGACAGCGGAGGGAAGUAUUUCACUUCGACCAUCGUCAUCGUCACGAUGUCCAUCCUGGCGACCAUCCUGGUCAUCCGGCUGACUCACUCCAGCCCUCCCUCCCGCCCGCUGCCUCGAUGGCUCCGCCUGGUCCUCCUGAAAUACGUCGCUAGUUUCUUGUGCCUUUUCGGUAUCGUCAAGGCACAGAAACAAGAUCUUCGACAUCAUGAGAGGAACAAACCAGCAGGGGAAGUCUCCGGAGUCGAAAUGAGGGCGACGGGAGUGGUUGGACAAUACGCGGCCUUCCCUCUGAGGAAGAGACUUCUGGAGGACUAUGACAGACGUGUGCGGCCGGUACGGGACCAGAGCACCACGGUUACACUGGACGUCGACGUGGCGCUGAGACAAGUUGUGGGACUGUACUGGACAGAUGAAUUCCUGCAGUGGAACAUGUCACAAUAUGACGGCCUGGCCACGACGACAUUCCAAUCUUCAGAAAUUUGGAGACCGGACGUCUUCCUCAUCAACAAUAUCGGAGAGGGAUCGGGAAACCUGCUGCCGGUGACUGACGUGAGCGUGUCCAGUGAGGGCCGUGUCGCCUGGCGCCAGCCCGGCCUGUUCCAAAGCACGUGCGCAGUGGACGUCAGCCAGUUUCCUUAUGACGAACAGACGUGCGUGUUAGAAUUCUCCUCCUGGCUGUAUGGUGGAAACGACUUGAAUCUCCGCAACGUCUCUGCCACCAUGGAUCUGACAGCAUUUCAACAGAACGACCAGUUUGAAGUGACACAUACGAAAGUAGAGAGAAAGGUGACGCACUAUGACUGCUGCCCGGGUCCCUGGCCUAGUAUCGAGCUGCACAUCCACCUGAAGCGGCGCCGCCUGUUCUACAUCGUCAACAUGGUGAUUCCCUGCCUGGACCUGCUCAUGCUGAACCUGGCAGCCUUCUACAUCCCGCCCGACAGCGGAGAGAGACUAGGUUUCACCAUCACGCUCCUCCUGUCACUGGUCGUGUUUCAACAACUAUUGACAACCCAGCUGCCGGCUACUUCCACAUCCACUCCCAUGCUCGGGAAGUUCUUCACGGCCACGAUCGUCCUGGUGACCGUCUCUCUGCUCAUCACCAUCCUGGUGCUCCGGCUGUCCCACCCCGCCCACCCGUCCCGUCCGCUGCCCCGCUGGCUCCGCCUGCUGCUGCUCAACUACACCGCGUCCUUCUUCUGUAUGUGCAACAUCGCUAAUGACCAGUCAGCCCCACGUAACGGCACCAAAAACGACUGGUCAGGCGACGACACCGAAAUGAAGGACCUCUUUCUCGACAGUCGGCACCAGAACGACCCCAAAAAUCGACCGAUACUUCAAGAGAUUUCAUCAAAGGUGGAGGAGAUCAUGGCCUAUCUGAGGGAUAAAGUGGACGGGGAGGCGGAAGAAGGAGAAUGGAAGAUGGCGGCUCUUGUACUGGACAGAGCCGCCAUGUGGGCGACCGCCGUCGCCUCUGUGACCAUCAGCCUUGUGUUUCUUCUGUAA